CCCAGCUCUAGUUCACUCAUCCCUCCCUGCUCCUCUCCCAUCCCACUUGGACCUGGGAGCUCAAACAUGAAAAGAAAGUGACCAGGGUUUUUUUUUUUUUUUUACUCUUGGGCAAACAAAAUAAAUGACUGCAACUUUUAGGAGCAAGAAAGCACAUUCUGGACCAUAUCUACCACCCAUGAGUUUGUAUAAGGAUUGGCAUCUCUUCCCAAUAAGAUGAGAAAUGCCUCAGAAACAGCCUUGUUUGUUUCCACCAUGUCCAGGGAGAACGACGUGAUCAUGGGGACAAUCUAUUCCGUGUUCGGUGUUCUCUCUCUGCUCGGAAACUGUGUCCUGCUCUUUGUGGCGUAUCGCAAGAAGUCCUCCCUGAAGCCAGCAGAGUUCUUCAUCAUCAACAUGUCUCUAAGUGACCUUGGAAUGACCUUGACCCUCUUCCCACUGGCUAUCCCUUCCGCCUUCUCACACAGGUGGCUGUUUGAUGAUGUGGCCUGCCAAUACUACGCUUUCUGUGGUGUUCUCUUUGGACUGUGUAGCCUUACCAACCUCACUGUGCUCUCCUCUGUUUGCUGCCUCAAAGUGUGCUACCCAUCCUACGGUAACAAGUUCUCGUCAGCCCAUGCCUGCCUCCUGGUGGCGGGUGUGUGGUGUUACGCCUUGAUCUUUGCAGGAGCUCCCUUGGCAAAGUGGGGUCAUUACGGGCCAGAGCCGUAUGGCACAGCGUGCUGCAUCAACUGGCAGGCGCCUAACAGUGAGCUGUCUGCCAUGACCUAUAUUGUGUCGCUCUUCGCCUUCUGCUACGUUGUGCCCUGCACCAUCAUCUUCACCUCCUACACCUUCAUCCUGCUGACUGUGCGGGGUUCACGACAGGCUGUCCAGCAGCACAUCUCCCCUCAGACCAAGACCAGCAAUGCCCACAAGCUCAUCAUCAAGCUCUCAAUUGUGGUAUGUAUUGGAUUCCUGGUGGCCUGGAGCCCGUAUGCGGUGGUGGCAAUGUGGGCGGCUUUCGGAGACGCCACGCGGGUUCCACCUACGGCGUUUGCCAUCGCUGCCAUCUUGGCCAAGUCCUCAACCCUCUACAACCCUGUGGUCUACCUUCUCUUCAAACCCAACUUCCGCAAGUUCCUGUGCCGCGAUGCUGCUCACUGCCGACGGUGUCUGUGUGCCCAACUAUGCUGCUGCAAGCGGCCAGUAGUCCAGAAGGAGGCACUGCGGAACAAGGAAUUCAGCAACUCCACGCGGCUCUUUAACGGGCUGCCUGAGAGCCACACCACCUGCCGACACUGGCAGGAAAUCCUCUAGGAGUCUGUAGAGAUGAGAAAGUAACUGAGGGAUUAGUUAAGAGCUAACCAGGUGGGCUGGCCAGGCACUGAGAGCUAUGGACCAUGUCUCGGUUUGAUAAAACCGGUGUGGAUUUGGGGUGGAUUCUGUACUUACCUCCCAAUCUCACAAAUGUUGUAAGAUACAUUAAUAACUGCUCACGGACAACUCAUGUGCAUUAUGGUGUUAUUGUUUAUCAGAUCAAAGAAGGUGUAUCUAUAACUGCAGAACAAAAACAGCAAAGACGCUGUUCCAUUUCAGUAUUUGAUUUAUCACAGAUAUUCUCUUGUUUUUUUCAACUAGUGCCAAUAUUAUUGUCGAGAAUUGGGCUGUCAGAUAUGCUGCGGUUUUGAGGGUGCAUAGAAACAGUAUAUUGAUGAUAUCUAACUAAAAGACUGCACUACAUCAUUGAUCAGGCUGAAAUAUUCAAUUUAAAAUAUUCAAGAUUGUGUUAUAAAUAAGGAGGCAGAUGUUUUUUGAAAGAAAAAAAAAAUGUUAUUCAGUUAUGUCCUUCAGUGUCCAGAAGGUGGCGAUAGUGUAUGUCUUCAAAAGGAUGUUGACUUGGGUUGCUCUGGGUGUGGGUGAUCUGGGUUUUUCAAAUUAACAUGGGGAUUUAAAUCCCCACUGAACACAACAAUCUGUUUUCUAGUUUGUGCAGUCAAGAAACGGAAUGAAGGUUUUGGGGAUUCAAAAGUUUAAAGAGAACCACAAAGACAAUAUGUGUGCCAUUGAAAAUGGAGAUGAAGAUGACAAGCUGAUUCUAUUGAACAACAGCAGAUGCUAACUCCCAGUUGAAAGUGUCGCUGAGAAUAUUUCAGGGGAAAUGAGACCUGAUCACCAUGGAGGUGCUUUUUAGACAAUAUAGUAUUGGUCACUGGUGUUCAUGUAUUUAUUUAUAAUAUAUGUUGCUUAAAAUAAGAAUUUAUGGUGACCCUUAGACCCUAUUGACAAUGUUAUGGCAAUCCUUUGUGGGGUUGAGAUUGAGGCUGUUCAGUGCCAGUUACCAAUACCAGUUGUGCUGAAUUGUGCUGUUAUUUCCCAGAGCCCCAUCUACUCAACUGAAGCCCAGCCCUCCAGAGGUAUUUAAAAUGCACCACGUAGACCAGCCCUCUCCAGUUACCACCUGCCAUUGUGACAAACUCACCAGUAAGACCAUUAACAGUAUUACAUGCAUAAUAAAGGGAUUCCAAUGUAUAUACAAUCUGUCCAGUUCUCAUCACUGCAGUGCUGUGGGGUACAGAUUUAAUUGCACAACUCUGAUUGUACAAGUGGAUCACCAGGCUACGCUGUGGUUUCUUGUGUAAUGCAAGGUCUGCAUUCUGGUUGCAUAUAUGCUUUGUUUGUAAGAGAUACAUAUAUACUGUAUAUAUCUAUAAAUCGAGAGAUUUAAAAGAUUGCUUUGGGUUCUUAUUAUUUAUUGGCACUGCGACAAGCUGUUUACAAAUGUUGUAAAUGAAAAUAAAGAUGUA